AUGUCCGACAAUACCCCAGAGGAACCACCAGACUACCCCCUCCUGGAAGAAGCCACGCUGCUCAAGUUCGAAGGAAGGGAGUUCCAAGUAUUCCGCCCCUACAUCGAGCGACGCGCCGUCUUCCACGCCAUAAAGCUCGAUGAGCAGCAACAGCAGCAACAGCAAGUCGUGGUCAAGUUCUUCAUUCACCAGCACCCAGUCCUCCGGCGUAGCUCCCAAGUCGGCCGGCUCUUCAGCGGCAUCGUCCAACCCGAAUUCACAUGGGAAGUGCAAGCGUUACGGACAGCACGCGGAAUAGACGGUUUCCCCCAGCUCCUCAACUGGGAAUCUACCGUUCAGGGACCCGAAUUCGAGAACCCGGGUGGGCGGAUAAACCUCAUCGCUAUGACGCGGCUGCCGGGCUUUCCCCUGUCGUUUUACAUCUACGGCCUCCACGAGCAAUCGCAGAUUAAAGCGAUCAAGGCACGAGUCGUGGAGCUGGUUGAAGUGCUGCGCCUACGGGGGCACGAAUACACGGAAGGAGACCCGGGCAAGAUCAUUUAUGAUCCAGCAAGUGGAAAACUUGGAAUCUGCUGUCUCCGACGGUCAGUCGCCAUCUGUUCUCCUACCGAGCAGAAUGAUCCAAUCACCGAAGAUAGUCUUGUGAUCAAGCAAUUUGGACUUAACCUCUGGUAUAAGUACUCGGACAAGGGAAGGAGGAGAGAUGCUGAGUAA